UGACGGUGGACUAUGGGCAGUGGACGAUCUUGGGAAACAGUAGAGUACGGGAACCUGGUUGGCUGCUACCAUUGGCUCCUGGGUGAAGCGAAGCCGUCCAACCACGCUGAAGUUGGCAGGCAGAGGCCCAGCACCAUGACAUAAGACUCCAAUAGUAGUAAUAUCACGAGGUGUGUUCGCCGCAAAGAGUAUCAACAACCUAGGAAACAAGCACCUUCCAGUCUCUACUGUAACGUGUGUCUCUGUACGGGACUACAUGAGGCCGUAAGUCUGCCACUCUGCGACGCCAUAUAAGUGGCCUAUUCAAAGAUAUCGCCAACCACACGGGGCAUCGGUCUUGACGGCAGUAGGCACGUCCAAGUCAGGCCUUUGAUAUACCUUGGCAGUGUAUAUCCACAGCAGCCCCUCCACUAUGUGCUUGCUGUAACAUCAUAUUUGUCACUAUGGAUAUCAGUAUCCAAAGAGCACUAAAUGACAAGCUCUAUGACAAGAGAAAGGUCGGCGCUCUCGAGCUCGAGCGGGUGAUUAGGGAACUUGCCGCUGGCAAAGAGUACGAUAAGAUCAAGAAGAUCAUUCAGCAACUCUGCAAUGAAUUUGCAUAUGCCGUUCAUCAGCCACACGCCAGGAAUGGUGGGCUCAUUGGCCUCGCCGCUGCAGCUAUUGCUUUGGGAUCCGAUCUAGCGAGGUAUCUGGAUGAGAUUGUGCCGCCUGUGCUGGCGUGCUUCACUGACCAAGAUGCUCGGGUUCGAUAUUAUGCGUGCGAGAGCAUGUAUAAUAUUGCAAAGGUAGCCAAAGGCGAGGUGUUGCCUUACUUCAACGACAUCUUCGAUGCCCUCUGCAAGUUGGGCGCGGACUCAGAGUUAUCCGUCAAAAACGGAGCGGAACUACUGGAUCGGCUGAUUAAAGACAUCGUCUCUGAAUCAGCUGCUACGUAUGUGUCAAUCCUGCAUACCACAGAAGAAGAUGGAGAGUAUUCGGACCAGGAUGCCACAGAACCGUCUAUCCAGGUUCCCAUGGCUUUCUCCCUGGCCCGCUUUAUUCCGCUCCUGAAGGAGAGGAUCUUUGUGUUGAACCCAUUCACCCGCACAUUCUUGGUGGGAUGGAUCACCCUGCUGGACUCGAUUCCUGAUUUGGAGCUGGUCACCUAUUUACCUGAAUUCCUUGGUGGAUUGUUCCGGUUUUUAAGUGACCCUAACCGAGACGUCCACGUUGCAACAUCUGGAGCCCUGGAAAGGUUUUUGUCGGAAAUAAAGCGAAUAUCACGUAUAAAGAAGGGCAUCCAAGACAGCAGAAAAUCAAAGAGCCGUAGCGAUGGCGGGAAAAGGAAGCGCUCGGACUCCACAGACAGUGAAAGUGGAUUAGAUGAGUUUGAAAAUGAUGAAGGGGAAGGAUCUCUCGAAGCCAACGAAGAGAAGGCUGCCAGCAGUGAUGAUGACUGGAUACCUGGUCAGGAAGUGCCGAUUAAUUUUAAUGAAAUCUUGGAGAUUUUAACUCAGAAUCUCGACUCCCAGUUCGAAGAGGAUAGUCUUCUUGAAACACUACGGUGGAUCGUUGAAUUCCUUGACAUUUGUCCGGAAGAGGUGUUGCCUUUUGCGCCGAAAAUCCUGGCCCAUUUGCUACCCGCAAUGGCAAGCAGCGUUGAGAGUAUUAGACAAGCAGCUGCAAGGGUUAAUACGUCCCUCAUGGAGUACGUAGUAUCACUAUCAGAUGAGGUUUCCUCUGAGAGUGUAUCUACCGCCCCGUCGACCUCGAGAAACUCGACGUCUACGGCAAGAGAGACUAUGGACAACGAUAGGAGCCAGUCCAAUUCCAUGCAUAGGGGGUCGUUGACAGGGUCUAAGGAACUCGAAGCCAAGAGGUUCCCCGAUGCUACCUCGCAGCCUCCCAUACGAAGGUCUACAAUGUCACCAACGCCUAACAAGCAGACCACCGUGGAUCUUGAUUAUGCUGCGGCGGUAAACUCACUCACAUUACUAUUCUUGAACGACCACGAAGCUACGAGAGUAGCGGCUCUCACCUGGCUGCUUAUGCUCCACAGGAAGGCACCUCGCAAGGUUCUCGCUUUCAACGACGGAACGUUUCCAGCCUUACUCAAGACACUUUCAGAUCCUGCCGAGGCCGUAGUUACAAGAGACCUGCAGUUAUUGUCACAGAUCUCGAGAAACAGCGAAGAUGAUUAUUUCACGUCAUUUAUGGUGAAUUUACUUCAGCUCUUUUCCACUGACAGGAAUCUGCUUGAGACUCGAGGCAAUCUUAUCAUCAGGCAGCUGUGCAAAAAUCUUAGCGCCGAACGGAUAUAUCGCACUUUGGCCGAUUGUAUAGAGAAAGAAGAGGAUAUCGAGUUCGCAAGCAUCAUGGUUCAGAACCUAAACAACAAUCUCAUCACUGCCCCUGAAUUGGCAGACUUGCGGAAGCGCCUUCGAAACUUGGAAACAAGAGAUGGUCAGACGUUCUUCGUGGCAAUUUUUAGAUCCUGGUGUUACAAUGCUGUUGCUACAUUUUCCCUGUGCCUCUUAGCGCAAGCAUACGAGCAGGCCUAUAACCUUCUUCAGAUAUUUGCCGAGUUAGAUAUGACCGUUAAUAUGCUUAUUCAGAUCGACAAGCUCGUACAGUUGCUGGAGUCGCCUGUAUUCACUUACCUUCGCCUUCAACUGUUAGAGCCGGAAAAGUAUCCGCAUCUAUACAAAUGUUUGUAUGGACUUCUGAUGCUCCUCCCGCAAUCGGCCGCGUUUGCGGCAUUGAAAAACAGACUGAAUAGCGUCAGUGCUAUUGGGUACUUGCAUAUCGCACCCCGAGCUACGCCGACCACGACGGCCCAGUCAACAUAUGAUAGACCCAAUCGCCUAAAAGGACGUGACGAGGGAAUCAGGUGGGGAGAAUUGCUGGACAAGUUCCGAAGCGUACAAGAGAAGUCACAGAGAGCACAGAGGAGUGGCAACGAAUUCGAUGAUGGGUUCAUGUUUACAGAAAGCAGCCAGGACCCAGGAUUGGACUCCAAGGCCUUCAAAGACCUAAUUCGCCUGCCAGGGCCACCGACGGUGACGAAGGAAGCUGUGGUGCCUCCACCACCCGUCCCAUCGAAGGCAAAAACAGGACUUGGGAAGUUUGGUCGCCUAGGGGGAGGCAAAGCAAAGAAAUGAGCCUGCGGGUUCGGUUUCGAUAUCAAGAUAUUAUACAUAUCCGUUUAGGUUUCAAAUAAUCAUAAAUAUCAGUGGUAUCAUCUUCUAG